AUGGCACAUACACAUAGAGAACAAUUCAAACCCUUAGCACCAAAUUUCAUAUCAUUAACAACUCAUUAUAGAAGCCCUAGUGCAGAAAACCAACACCAACAUUUAUCAGAACACAAAACAAAACGCAUCAAAACGUGCAUCAAAUGCUGUGGAUGCAUCACCGCAAUUCUCUUGUUACUCUUUGUAAUACUCAUAGUUCUAGCUUUCACAGUCUACAACGUUAAAGAUCCUGAAGUGAGGAUGAUCGGUGUUAAACUAAUCCGCGGAAACUUCACCGUUUCGAAUACCGUUACGAUUCUCGCUGAUAUGUCUGUGAAGAAUACAAACUCGUUCACUCUCAGGUAUGGAGUGGUUAACACCACUGUUUAUUACGACGGAACUGAGAUCGGAGGAGGUGUAUCGCCACCGGGGAAAGCGAAAGCGCAGAGAACGGGGAGGUUUAACGUGACGUUGGAGAUUAUGGCGAAAAAGCUUGUGGAUAAACCGGAAUGGAAUGUGGAUAUUAGAGAUCAAGGGUUGAAUUUUAGCACUUAUACAAAGAUGAGUGGGAAGGUGAGAAUAUUGAAUCUGUUUAAGAGGAAUGUUAGGGUUGAGUUGAAUUGUACUAGUCAAUAUAAUAUCACCACUGGUUUGAUUUCACAUGGUGAUAAUUGUGUUGGGUUUGUUAGUAUUUAG